AGUUUAAAUCAAAUGGGUAAUCUUCAACGAAAACAAGGAAAAAAUAAUGAAGCUUACGAUUUGUUUCAAGAAGCUUUGACAAUUUAUGAGAAAAAUUCCUCAUCUCUCGAAGCAGAUAUUCCAUAUACUCUUACGAGUCUUGGUAUUAUUAAAUAUAAUCAGGGAGAUUAUGAUGGAUCUUUGAACUAUUUUAAUCGAGCAGUAAAUAUACGCAAAAAAUUUUAUUUGACUAAUUGUAGUCAAAUAAUUCUUAGUCUAAAUUGGAUUGCAUUUAUUCAUUAUCAGACACAAUCGUAUGAUCAGGCAAUUGAAUUUUAUGAACAAUGCUUACAAAUUGCUAAAGCCAAUGCUGUUCCAGGGCAGUUAACUACUGAUGAGUUUCUUGGGAAAUUAAGUGGUAUUAAACGAGCUCAACUUCAGUAUGAAAGUUCCCUAGCAUACGAACUAAACUGUUUGUUAAUGCGUGAAAAAUUUCUACCACCCAAUCAUCAAGAUAUUGGUAAAAGUUUAAGUAAUAUCGGUUUAUGUUAUGAACAUCUUAAUCAACGUAAAUUGGCACUUGAUUAUUAUAAACGAGCAUUAUUCGUUUAUGAACAAUGUCCAUUAGCUACGCAUGAUCGAUGGACUAUAGAAUUAAAAAUUGAGGAACUUUCUAUAGAAAUGAAUCAAUUCAACAUUUAA